AUCAUGGUGCUAAAGCGAAAUAAGAGGCAGCCUACAUCAAGUCUCACAUGUUUCAUUUUUCAUCAGGCCCCUGUUCUGCUUCUCCUAACAUGCUGCUGUGAAGGUCAGAUUCAGGUCAUUGGUCCAUCGCAGGCAGUAACUGUGAUGGUGGAUGAUGACAUUAUUUUGCCAUGCCAUUUGAAACCGGCUUCAGAUGCUUCUGGUAUGACCUUUGAGUGGGCAAGACCUGACCUUAAACCCAGAUUUGUCCAUGUGUGGCAUGAAGGUCAAGACCUUCAUGUUAAUCAGCAUUCAUCUUUCAAAGGACGAACAUCAGUAGACAUCACUAAACUGAAGUAUGGAGAUAUUUCACUGAAACUCUCCAAAGUAAAACACACAGACAGAGGAAUAUACAGAUGUUACUUUCCAGAUUUGGAUAAAGAGACUACUGUCCAGCUUUUUGUUGGGAGUGUUUCCCAGGCAGUUGUAAGGUUAACUGGGAUUGACCAAUCCAUAAGUGGAGUGGUGUUACAGUGUGAGUCUGCAGGCUGGUAUCCAGAGCCUGAGCUGCUGUGGUUGGACGGUGAGGGAAACCUCCUCUCUGCUGGACCUACAGAGACCCUCAGAGGUCCUGAUGACCUCUAUACUGUCAGCAGCAGAGUGACUGUGGAGAAGAGACACAGCAACAACAUCACCUGCAGAGUCCAACAGAGGAACACCAACCAGAGCAGAGAGACACACAUACAUGUUCCAGGUAGAAAAUAACUUUAUUUGGGUAUGCUUCUA